CUAUAUUUUCUCUUUUUCAGAAAACCUAUGGCGAUUAAGUAGAUGAUGCAUCGAACGUGAGAGGGCGCCACCGCUGUUCCUCCACCAUGGGGCCAAGAGAUUGUACUAUCCUAUGUUUGCUUCUGCUCGCGUCUCUCAGAAGGACGUCUGCAGACGACCAGGAAUAUCGUCUCGUCCGGUACCUGAUGUCCAACUACGAUCCGGCUGUCCGUCCAUCCCUGUCGGCUGCACAACCGGUGGCCGUUGCCUUCAGGCUCUCUCUGCUGGCUCUGCUGGCAUUGGACGAACGUAGAGGAGUUCUGUCCAGUAGCUGCAAAAUCACACAGAAAUGGAACGAUGUGCAUCUCCGGUGGAAUGCGUCAGAUUUUGGGGGGGUUAACACUGUUCGCAUACCCGCUUCACAGAUUUGGAGGCCCGAUGUGCUCUUGCGCAACAACGCCGACCCUUCAACACCAGCCACUUCCGGAGAAGCGAACGCCGUUCUACGCUCUUCCGGCGACGUAUCGUGGACUUCUCAGUCUUUGCUAAAAAGCGCAUGCUCACUCGACCUCCAGUUCUUUCCUUUUGACAUUCAUGUUUGUUACCUCAACUUUACUUCAUGGUCUUACGACUCUGAGCAGAUGUCUCUAAUGGCGGAGUCUGUGGAUCUUUCUUCAUUCCAAGCCAAUUCGGAAUUUCACCUGGAAGACGCUCUAGCGACGACAGAGGGGGGAAAAGCCCUGGCCUUCUCUUUGAUCCUCCGACGCAGACCGGGUCCACAUCUCCUGCGCCAGGUGCUGCCCUGCUUCUUAGUGAGUACUCUAGCAGCUCUGACCUUUCUCGUGCCACCAUCAUCUGCUGAAAGGGUCACUCUAGCUAUCGGCUGCCUGCUGUCUCUACUACUGGUGUCAGUGGCUGGAGGAGGGGCGCCCAGAACACCCACUCCUCAAAUUCCACUGUUAAGUAUCUAUCAAAUAUGCAGCCUCUGUUUGGUGUCUGCUGCAGCAUUCUUGUCUGCUUUGACUUUGAGCCUCCAUGGAAAAGGAUUAGAUGGUACUCCACCACCUCCAUGGUUGAGUAAAUGCGUUAUAGGGUGCCUCGGUCCGCUGCUAUUCGUUCAACCUUGUCCUUCACGCAAAAGAGCGUUGGGAUUUCAGGAGGCCGACGAAGAGGACAGGAGACGGGGGAAGAGGGCAGCCGCGGGCGGAGCACCACCCUCCAUCGAACGCUACAGCUCGUCUCCUCAGCUGCUACGCAGGCGAAGCGGAGGAGGUGGGGGCGGAGGAGAGAGAUCUUCCGACGAAUUCGAGCGUCGGUUUUUGAGGGUGCUGGACCGGGUCCACGAGACUCUAGAGAGAAACGAGGCCAGAGAUAUGGAAAUGGAAGGAAAAGAAGCAGCACGAGAAGAGUGGAGAAAAGUGGCGCAGGUAACAGACCGAUUACUUUUGGUACUAUUCCUGAUCGGAGCAGUUUUGGCAGCUGCUUUGCUUUUCGUUUUCGCGCCUCUUUGAGAGGUCCAUUCCAAACCUACAGCGCCAUCUGUACGCUGAAGAAAACCUCAUUGAUCUGCGGUCUUGCAGCGUUGAAAGACAUCUUUCAGUGACUUUUCGUUAUAGAUAUAAGCAAUUCGUGGAAUAUUACGGUGGAUGGAAUAAUCCAAACGUAGGCUUAACAAAUACUUAUUAAUAAACGAAACAAGCGGUAUUAUGUCAGGAACAGUGGCGUAACCGUAAAGGUCGCAACAAAAUGUUACCCCUCUAUUCCCAACUUACAAUGUAGUAUAGAGGUAGAUUGCACGAUAUUCAGGUGCUUGUGAACAUUUCCAGAUGCUCUUGAAACUUUACACAUUUUGGAUGUCUUUUAACACUUUUUGGAUGCUUCUACUCAUUUAAAUACCUGAAGCAGUCAUUGCGUAUUUUAUGAAACACUUUAAAAUAGCAAAAUGGCAUCAGUUAAUAUGAGUAGCAAGUAUUUAACAAAAUGCUCAAAGAAUACUCUCGUCUAAACGAGACUAUACGAGAGGUUUCACUCACUGCCCGCGAUGCAGUUUAAUGUUUCUUUUUCGGUAGUGUUUCUUCCAAAAUUUAAUUUCAGUUCCAGCCGGAGAUAUUUAUUUGAAUUUUUUUAAAUCUGUUAUGAUACUACAAGAAAGUAAAGAAAAGUAUUUUCAUAAAGCAUCUUGGUAAAUUACUUAGCUAAAAAUGAUUUCUAACCCUUAAUCUCUGAUAUUUCUAAUACAAUGGACAUAAUUUCUGAACUUUCAGAAAUAAAAUUUAUUGUAGUUUUUAAUAAUUGGAAAUUUGUAUGCCCAGUUGAAAGUAUAAAUACGGCUUUUACACAAGUAUAAAUACGAACAAUGUUUUCAUAGUUUAGUAGAAAAUUCAAGUUUUAAUAGCAAGUAAUUUUUAUCGCUCUAAGCAUUUUUGCUUUAACAUACAAAUAAGCUCAUGAAGGUAUUUUAUCCUUUUCUUUCUGGAUUUACAUAUAUAUUACAUAUAUAUAAAUAUAUAUAUAUAUAAUAAAGUAAACAUAGUUAGAAUGCUCUGUGAAAUUUGCGUAUGGAGAAUUAAAUGCGAAAAUGUACAAAAUAUAUAUCUUUAUUACUUAAAAAUAUUAGAGCUUCAAUUAUAAAAUAUAUCACUACUUAGAAAUUGAACUAACAUUUCCUAUAAUAUUUCCACUCAAAUUCGUCCAUAUAUUUAUAAAUUUUAUUUUAUUUCCAUUAUAAUAUUAACCCAUCAGCUUAGGAUCAGCACGUUCUGGGCAAUUUUAUGUUGUGCUUGGAUGGAACGUGCAUAUUGCAGAAAUUUUAUAAUAUAAUAGAACUUGCAUUUGUAGCCUUUAAUUGCGUAUUGCUAAAACUGUAUUUUUCUAAAAACACAAAAAUAGUGGCUUAAACUAUGAAGAUGAAAGUCAAGCUAACGUGUGGUAUACUGUAUAAAUCUGUUUGCUUAAUAGUUCAAUAAUAUUGUGAAACCAUGUUGCAGCUACCUAUUAGUAUUUAGUCGAUAUCUUUAUGCACUAAAUUGAGUAUCCGAAAUGAUAAUGUGAGGAAUUCGUAAAAAAGAUCUUUUAUUGCAGCAAAAAGGUAAUCUUAACUCUGAAAAUUCUUUCAACGUAGAAUGUAAAUUCUAUACAUAUGACAUAUAUUAUAUAUGCCAUAUAUUAUAUAUGAAAUACAUAUUUUCAUGGUUUUCAUAAUCCUGGAAUUAAAACUUAAUCAUGUACAUAUUAGUGGCUCCAUUCACUCAUUUUAGUCGUUUGAAAUACGUAAAUAUGGAGCAUCUGCUAUUUUCUUAAAAUAAUAAUUUCCUAUUUACAAUAUCGUACUACUUAGUUAUGUAGUCAUUUUCAUUAUUUUGUUAAUAACAUUUAGUUGUCCCAAGCUUGCAUUAUUUUAUGUUAUCAGAAACUAUUUAUGAACAAGCAGUAACCCCUCUUUUUUAAAAAAUAAAGAUUUUUAAAUAUUUCUAACAUUUGCACUACAAGGAAUUUUUAUUUUCGUUUCAAACCGUUUAAAGAUUGAAAUUCUUUCCGAGAAACAUUGAAAUACUGACUGUAUUAAAACUAAAAAUGUAUCAAAACUAAAAUUUCAGCUAGUUUUCGAUGAACAUUGGAUUAAGGAGUAAAAAAACAAGUUAUGUCUAUCUUAAAAAUUUUUCAUUUCAUAUAUUAAUGCAGUUUUGUGAAAAUAAAGAAAAGUAUUAAAGAGAAGUUAUUUAAGCUAAAUUUGACUAAAAUUUGACUGAAAGUAGAGGCUGCAGAACAACAAACGAAACACUUUAAAAAAGUAGGAAAAUAUUAUUUAAUUAAAAUUUGUAUUUCAAAAAGCAAUGGAAUUCGUCUUUAAUUCAGCUAUUAAUCAAGCAUUACUUGUUGAGAUUUUUGUCCAAUUCUGAGUGCAUACAAAACAGCAUACGUUAUAGAAUAUUCGUAAAAUAACUCUCAUAAUAACUCGUUAAAAAUAACUCGUUAAAAAAAUAUUAAAAUAUGAAAUUUGAGUUAAAGAAUUUUGAUAAUUUGGAAUGAAUUAAUAGAUAAUUUAUUUUGGUUGUGAUCACUUUAUCUUUUCAGUAAUAUAUUUAGAAAAAAAUUGAGUUUAAAAAAUAUUUUUUUAGAGUUUCGCAUUUGUAAGAAAAUAAAAAAUAUUUCCAAACAUGCAAAUUAGAUCUGUAUCACCAUAGAUAAUUUAAAGGUUUUCAGAAAGCAAUUGAACUAAUACUUGUACACUUCUAAAAUCUCUUUAAUAGAAACAGGGAAAUCAGAUACAACUCACCAAAGUGCCCAAAAUUUUCAUACACUUUUCUACGUAUUUUGGAUAUUAUUCUAGCUAUCAUAACUAUGUCCUUUUUAAAGCGUUGAAGAAUUCAUUAUAUUUACUAUGUUUUUAUCCUUAAACAUAGAUAAAAAAUUAUACGAAAUUUUACUUCUAGCUCUGUACCUUUAGAGGUAAAUUUGAUUGAGAAAUUAAUUACAUCAAUGCUUUUCAGCUAAAAUUUGAGAAACCUUAUCUAGACGAUUAUUUCUCAUGGUCAUAACUUUUUGUAUCAUAAAAAGAACUUAAACCCAAUCAAAAUUUCCUCAUAACAAUAUUUCCUCUGACAUUUCGGCAAGCAAUUAUUCUUUCCCUUUAGUUCAUGUAUUGCUUCCAAAUGUACGGGUUCUACAAACUUUGAUUUAAAAACAACUUUUUGAAAUUUAAAUUGUGUAAUACGACUUCUUUCUAAAUCAUGUAUGCUUAAUUUUAUGUAAGAAAUCGACUAUAUAAUUAGCAGUGUUAAGGCAAAUUUAUUAGAAUUCCACAACAAUAAUUUGCAUUUUGUUUUAUUGUGUUCUCUGAAACUCACAGUUGCUGUGAAUGCAGCUGCAGGUUUUAUUUCUCUAUUGAAUCACUGGCUCAUAAUAUUCAUUUAAAACUUCACGUAGGAAAUAACUGUUAAAUUUGAUAUUCUGUGUACAAAAGAGGCAAAUCAUAACCAUAAUGCUAAAAGUAAUCAUAAACAUAGUGAUAAAAAUGUGUAAUCAUAAACAUAAUGCUAAAAGCGUAAAAAUAGCAUCUAUACCUGAAAUUUUGAAGUGGUUUUUAUGCAGUCAAUUUUUCAGAUUCUUAAAAAGUUUUCGAGUAAACACUAAUACAAGUGUGUCAAAGCAUAAAAUGAAUAAAAUAUUUAUAAAUCAAGAAUUAACAUUACACAUAUACUUACAUUUACGAUAUGGAACUAACGUUAAGGUACUCAAACGUUGUUUAUUCGGGAUUCAAACGGUUUAUUCGGUAUUAAAACGUUGUUUAUUUUGAAAGUGUAUAAUUAUUGGAAAGCAACACUGGCGUUAAUCCAUAUUCCCUGAAAAGGAAAUUCUAAAAUCAAUAUUAAACCUUUCCAAUAUAUAUUAUAUAUAGAGAGAGAUUAAUAUCGUUUUAAUUUAUUUUGCAAUACAUAUAUAUAUAUAUAUAUAUAUAAUACAAAGUAAAUUAAAAUAAAUUAAAUAUAGGUUUAAAAUGUUUUCCAUAUUCAAUUCGGAAAACACCAUAUCGAAAAUAAUAAUAAUAAUAAUAUAGGUGUGUUAUAUAUAUUGAUUCUAGAGUGUCAUAUAUAUAUAUAUAUAU